GUUGUGUCUUGAGAGUAGCUUUGAAUGCUAGUUAAGGUUUGGAUGGGAAAAUGGGAGGGCAUGGUAAGCAUGGGAAAAUGGCUCAGGUAAAGUCUCUAAAACACAGAUGAGCACUAGGGUGUAUUUGCUAGAGAGGGUACUCACAUAUGGCUGGUGGUUUACUUCUGUGUUGUUUGUAGGAGUGGUUGGAAGAACAAUGCAUGUGAGUCUUUGACACCAUGAUAUCCAUCAGGCAAAGAAAAGGAAUACAAACCACAGAAGUUUCUGAGGAUUACACGGCACAAGAAGAAAAUGCGAAGUUGGAAGAUAAAUUGCCAUCUAGUUGUACCAGUAGAAGAUUAUGGAAGAUUCUGUCAUUUACAAUUGGCGGAACUGUUGCCCUGUGCAUUGGGCUUCUUACAUCUGUCUACCUGGCCACUUUACAUGAGAACGAUUUGUGGUUUUCUAAUAUUAAGGAAGUGGAGCGAGAAAUCUCUUUCAGAACAGAAUGUGGACUGUAUUACUCCUACUACAAGCAGAUGCUGCAGGCUCCUACCCUCAUGCAAGGUUUUCGUGGCUUAAUAUAUGAUAACAAAACGGAAUCUAUGAGGACAAUUAACCUCCUUCAACGAAUGAAUAUUUACCAAGAGGUUUUUCUCAGUAUUUUGUAUAGAGUUCUACCCAUACAGAAAUAUAUAGAGCCAGUUUAUUUUUAUAUCUACACCUUAUUUGGACUCCAAGCAAUUUACGUCACAGCUCUUUACGUAACCAGCUGGCUCCUGAGUGGCACGUGGCUGUCAGGACUGUUAGCAGCCUUCUGGUACGUCACAAACAGAAUAGAUACCACAAGGGUGGAGUUUACCAUCCCCCUGAGAGAGAACUGGGCGCUGCCAUUCUUUGCAAUCCAGAUAGCAGCAAUUACAUACUUCCUGAGACCAAACUUACAGCCUCUCUCUCAAAGGCUGACACUUCUUGCCAUUUUCAUAUCAACUUUUCUCUUUAGUCUAACAUGGCAAUUUAAUCAAUUUAUGAUGCUGAUGCAAGCAUUAGUGCUGUUCAUUCUGGACUCCCUAGACAUGUUGCCAGCAGUGAAGGUGACAUGGCUGUAUGGUAUACAGCUCACAGGUUUACUCCUGGUCUGCCUGCUUCAGUUUUUUAAUUCCAUGAUUCUUGGAUCAUUGCUUAUUAGUUUUAACCUUUCAGUAUUAAUUGCAAGAAAACUUCAGAAAAAUCUGAAAACUGGAAACUUCCUUAAUAGACUUGGGAAACUAUUGUUACAUUUAUUUGUCGUUUUAUGUUUGACACUUUUUCUCAACAACAUUAUUAAGAAAAUUCUUAACCUUAAGUCAGACGAACACAUAUUUAAAUUUCUCAAGGCAAAAUUUGGAUUUGGAGCAACAAGAGACUUUGAUGCAAACCUAUACCUGUGUGAAGAAGCAUUUGGCCUUCUACCUCUUAAUACAUUUGAAAGACUUUCAGAUACUCUGCUUUUUUAUGCUUAUAUAUUUGUUCUGUCCAUCACAGUGAUUGCAGCAUUAGCUGUGGCCUUCCGUAAUCUCAGUGAUUCUACCAAUCAGCAGUCCAUGUGUAAAAUGGGAAAGUACACAAUUGGCCUGAAACCAGAAACUGCCUACAAUUUAAUACAUACGAUUCUGUUUGGAUUCUUGGCAUUGAGUACAAUGAGAAUGAAGUACCUCUGGACAUCCCAUAUGUGUGUAUUUGCGUCAUUUGGCUUAUGCAGCCCUGAAAUAUGGGAGUUACUUCUGAAGUUGAUCCAUCUUUAUAACCCAAAGAGGAUAUGUAUAAUGCGAUAUUCAAUACCGAUAUUAAUACUGCUGUAUCUGUGCUAUAAGUUCUGGCCAGGAAUGAUGGAUGAACUCUCCGAGUUGAGAGAAUUCUAUGAUCCAGAUACAGUGGAGCUGAUGAACUGGAUUAACGCUAACACUCCAGAGAAGGCUGUGUUUGCUGGAAGCAUGCAGCUGCUGGCGGGCGUCAAGCUGUGCACGGGACGGACCUUAACCAACCACCCGCACUACGAAGACAACAGCCUCAGAGAGCGGACGAAAGCGGUUUAUCAGAUAUAUGCAAAGAGGGCCCCAGAGGAAGUGCAUGCCCUGCUGAGGUCCUUUGGCACUGACUACGUGAUCCUGGAAGACAGCAUCUGCUACGAGCGCAGGCACCACCGGGGCUGCCGGCUGCGGGACCUGCUAGACGUCGCCAAUGGACACAUGAUGGACGGCCCAGGAGAAAAUGAUCCUGAUUUGAAACUUGCAGGCCACCCUCGCUUCUGUGAAGAGAUUAAAAAAAACCUGCCCACCUACACGGCAUACUUCACUAGAGUGUUCCAGAACAAAACAUUCCACGUUUACAAGCUAUCCAGAAACAAGUAA